UAUAUCAUCGAUAUCUAGAAAACAUUAGAUGAUUGCCCAAACUACAUAUCUUCAUGAUGAAUUUAUGUCUCACAUUCUUCCAUAUCUACCAUUGAUCUUCAGAAAGCAUCAAACGAUAACCAAAUUCUAAUUACUUCUUCAUGUUCUGGCCUCCUCUUUACAUCAUAAUCUUACAAGGCAAUUGAUCAUCAAGUUCUGCAUUUCCAUCUUAACCUCCAUCUCUGUCUUCAUCCCAACCCAAUUCACCUGAUGGUUUCCAUCAGUAGGAGAGAAUUGAAUAUCUUUCUUUGGAUUCAAACAAUCCAUCUAUCUUGUUAAACGAACUAACACUUUAGUCGUUAAUUGGUAGUUUCACUUGCAGAUUUGAGAUUACACUGGUCUGCGCUUGAUAGUGAGCAUGGCAUCAUUAUCGAGACCCUCUUCCUAUAGUACUCCUUCCACAUCAUAUCAGCAUGGGUAUACCGAUUCUAAUUCCUAUUCCUUGCCCCACCAUGGCGGUCGUUCAAGUACAGCUCGUCCCGGUACAUCCCGUCCAAGCACUGGACGUAAGUCAAGAGAAAGUUCCAUUCUUGGAGGCGAGUCUCAGCACAUUGUUUGUGCUGUCAGUGAAGGACGUGGAGUAUCUCCGACUGUUGGCUUAGCUCUAGUCAAUAUAUCAACUGGCGAGGCAGUCCUCAGUCAGAUCUGCGACAAUCAAUUCUACGUCAAGACUCUUCACAAGUUACAAGUCUUCGAGCCUACCCAAAUCUUAAUUGUGUCUACUUCCGGACCUCCUAACCCUAAAUCCAAGAUGUAUCAAAUUGUGGAAGAGAAUAUAUUGGGAGCUAGGAUCAUCACAGUGGAUCGUCGUUAUUGGUCCGAAACCUCUGGCAUUGAAUAUAUUCAGCAGUUGGCGUUUAAGGAAGAUCUAGAGGCAAUCAAAGUGGCUAUAGGAGGCAACUACUUUUCGGUGUGCUGCUUUUGUGCGGUAAGCCUUGCCAGCAGCACCCUCCUUUGUGACAUUUACUUUACUGACAUGUUCUUUAUGCGUAGGCCUUGAAAUAUAUUGACAUGAGUUUAUCCCUUACUUUUGCAUUUCAUUCUCUUCGAGUUAAAUACCAGCCCUCGGAGGAUUCUAUGAUGAUAGAUCUUGCUACCAUUCAAUCACUUGAACUAAUCCAGAAUCUUCAGAAUGCCAAGUCAAAAGAUUGUUUAUUUGGACUCAUGAACGAGACACUGACACCAAUGGGGUCACGGCUCUUGAGAAGCAAUAUUCUACAGCCUUCGACUCAGUCAAGUUUACUAACUGCUCGCUACGACGCGUUGACCGAGUUUUCGGAAAAUGAGGACAUGUUCUUACAGACCAGACAAGGUUGGUCCAGUGCCCUUAUUGUGUGCCUUCAUCAUUUAUCCGUCUUCAUGUUGACGCGGAGUCCAAUUUACCCCCAUAUUUCGUCCCUUACUAACCAGGUUACAGCUCUGAGGUCGAUUCCUGACAUUGAAAAACUACUUACUUGCGUACGUGCUCGGGUCCUUUUUUAUUUACAUUACUGUCCCCUGACAUCUUGUAGCUUAUCAUUAUUCCAAGUGUCCCAGGCAUUUGGAACUCGGAGCAAGACAUAAACAACAUCCUAAUGCUAAAAUCCUUUGCGCAAUCUAUUGGCCCCGUCUUUGAAAGCCUAUCGGGUGCUCGAUCGGAGCUAUUAGUUCAGAUCCGCAACAACUGUCGUACUGAAGUUGUUAACUCCACAAUUCAACUUAUCAACGGAGUCAUAAACGAGGAUGUUACAUAUCAGAAGACUCCUUUAGAUUUACGAAAUCAACGGACAUAUGCUGUGAAGGCAGGAGUGAGUGGCUUUUUGGAUGUAGCACGUCAAACUUUCAAAGAGGCGACCGAAGAUGUCCAUCAGCAUGUGACAGAAGUUCAUCGUAUGCUCGCCUUCUUCAAUGUGUUGCAUUUUACUCACAACUAGUGGCAGAGAGAUAUAAAAUUCAAGGCGAAACUAGAUUCGAUAAUCUCCGAAAAUACUAUCUUCGAUUUUCCGAAAACGAAUUUGAGGGUCGAAGCAUACCGGAUAUACUUAUCAAUCAGUUUCGCAGAAAAGGUUAUGUUGAAUGCCAGACUCUAGAUUUGAUAAAGUUCAACCAGAAAAUCGAAGACUCUCACAUAGAAGUCAUUUUGGGAAGCGAUAAAACAAUUCAAGGACUUCUCGAAAAUGUGCGAAGCGAAAUCCCCAACCUCUUUAAAGUUUGCGAGAGUAUUGCCAUGCUCGAUAUGAUCACAUCCUUCGGGAAAUUAGUCACGAGUCAGGAAUCCUAUGUCAGGCCAGAGAUCGCAGAAUGCAUCGCUAUCAAGUCUGGCCGCCAUCCAAUUCGAGACAAGGUUCGUAUGGCUCAUUACAUAUCAACUCCAAAUACUAACCUGCGUUUCCUUCAGGUACCAUCACAUAAAUUCGUGCCCAAUGAUUAUUAUGCAACGCAACAAUCUCGUUUCCAGAUAAUUACCGGGUGUAACAUGAGCGGCAAAAGUACGUAUAUACGAGGAAUUGCUCUUAUGAGUGUGAUGGCGCAAGUGGGUUGCUUCGUACCAGCAAGUUACGCUUCAUUUCCAAUAAUUCAUCAACUCUUCGCUCGCGUGUCAAUGGACGAUAGUAUUGAAGCAAAUGUUUCUACUUUCGCUUCAGAAAUGAGGGAAACGGCAUUCAUACUUAGGUCAUCCGAAUUCUUUCUCGUGUCUCGAGUCUUACUGAUCAGUGGUUAUAGAAAUAUUGAUGAGAAAAGCCUUGCUAUAAUUGAUGAACUUGGCCGUGGGACCAGUACAAGGGACGGCCUUGCGAUUGCUUUAAGCAUCGCAGAAGUAUUGUCACAGACUCGAGCAGUCAUCUGGUUUGCUACCCAUUUCAAAGAGCUUGGUAUGUGGUGACGUCCGAUCUCCGUCUCAUGAAUAUGCCUGCUGACAUCAAGGAGCACAAAUCAUGUCUGAGCGUCCUGGCGUUGAAGUUUACCAUUUGUCAGUCGACAUGAGUGAUGUGAAUACCAUGACAAUGCUCUAUAGACUUAGUCAGGGCUGUGUUGAAGAACAACACUAUGGUAUUGCUCUAGCGCGUGUGGUUGAUUUGCCUCCGAGGGUUCUCGCAGUGGCCGAGGAAGUCUCGAAGACUAUCAUUGCUCAAGCCGCCGCUAAGAAGGAGAGUCCUCGGACUAUGGCGAUUAACAAAAGGAGGAAGCUUCUUCUUACCUUGAAAGAGAAUCUCGAGCAGCUCCGUAAUAGUCCCAUGGACAAUCAGACAUUGCUAGAAUGGAUUGUAAAGGUGCGAAAGGAAUUUUCGUUUUGUAUGGAAAAUAUAGAGAAUGGAAUGGCUGAUAACGAUUCGGAAGUUUCAGACGAUGAAGGCACAAAUGCAGGAAGCGAAAGUAUUUUCAGUGCUGAACCGCGAAGCGAAGGGACAUCGAUGAGCGACAGUACUUGAAACUGGUGAGUUCACAAAAAUACAUAGCUUCAAGAGCUGCUCUGUAUAUAACACUCAGAGAAUAACAUCGUGCAAAAAUGGUCCAAUUAGAAAAAUAUGGCAGAUCUUUCUCAAAGGCCGACCAUAGCAGCGGGAUCAGCAAGUAGUAUAGUCGGUAUAUCCAAUAGUCCUACCGUCUAAACUCUGGGCGAUAGUCUAGACAGUUAAUGUGUGAUAUUAUUGGAUUAGUUGGGGCUAUCAAAGGUGUUUCAAGACAAAAAAUCCGGAUUAGAUAGUUUAAUACUAAAAAGUUUAGACUUCAAUCCAGAUUUUUGGAUUGAUUAAGACAUAUCACAUGAUUUGACCAGG